ACCCUUCGUGGACCUCCGUUCACCACGACCUCCCUAGAACGACUGAACGAGAUCGUGUCUACCUUAGGCUUUCAGCGAAAACCUAGAAGAUCCAUGCGUAGAAUACGUUCAUUCUACAAAAAGUCCCUCAACUUUGUGCGAGGAGUCCGCACAGCACAUAGGCGACGAGGGGAGUCUAACGAGUCUCCACUAGGCCCUCUUCAGUCCAACCCGACAAUGGUUGGCGACAAGUCUGAUGUGACCGACGUCGAAUGGCCGCUGGUUUCACCGUCGAUGAUAUACAACGUCUCCUAUUUAUUCAACGAGGGACCCCCAAGUCACCCGUCCUCACCGGCCGCGGUUCCGGUCCCUGUGGUCUGCGAUGACAACAAGGCCGGCCUACCGUUUGAUGACCUUAGACGCGUCAAGCAGUGGCGAAAGCUGACCGGCUAUGGCGUGAACGAUGAACACGACGAGGUACGCAUACGGUCUGUUCGGAUCCAAGGCCCGACACGGAAACUCUACUGUCGCGCACUUCCGGGGAACUCGGCCGGAACGCUCUUCGGGACAUGUGACAGGUGCGACGCCGUGGGGGGCUGCCGUGACCGGGAGCAUGGUGUGUCCCGGGUUGCCGUGGAGAGGAAAUUGGACUGCCUCCGGGUGUCUCAGGAGCCGCCGGGCGAUCGCUUGGACGAUGAUACUCGGCAGGGCGAUGCCGGUUCGGAGGAAAGCAAGAAAGGCAAGGGGAAGAAAUCUAUGGUUCCAUGUCGUCUUGGUGUUCGUAUGACUCGUAUCCUCGCCCCUCCACGCCCCACGUCCCAGACACCACAGCUUCAGGACCUCGUGGGGUUGGAAGGCCGGUUGCAGUGGCACAACCUUCCGGACCAGAAGUCGGAGGUAUUAACGCCUGGCUUGGAGGAAGUAAUGGCUUACGUGGAGAAAAAAGGGCGGCGAUGAUUUUUAGUAGCGUUGACGAUGACCAUUGCAAUAAUGGUGGACCGAUUGUUUUUCAUGUGCCCUACCUUCACACCGCAACUUGGACUCUGAACAAGUAAGUUGUCUUGCCAACCAUAUCAUAUAUAAAGCAUCAGGGAAUGACAUGUAAUAACAAUGAAGAUGUGCUCAGUGUAUGGUCAAGUUCACCGUCGACAAUGGCCAAACCCUUUGCCCAACGACACAUCAUUAACCUACCGCCAGGAAGAAGGGCAAUAGCUAGCUUUGCCAUGCUAUUUGUCUCCCGACACAAUGGAAGAAGCAAAAAAAAAAAAAAAGAAAAAAAAAAGGAGAAAGCUAAAUGGGACAAGUUUGUCUCGGGGGU